CUCUUCAACCCGCAUCUCAACGACGGUGACGACAAUGGCUUUCAUCCUCCGGCGGCCCUUCGCCCUCACGGCCACGCUGCGAACGACGGCACCCAAAUCCGCGCAGUCCGUGACGUUGCGCGCUUUCCACAACACGCCACUCAAGCCGCAACCCAACUUCUUCUCGCCGAAAACGCCCUCAAUCUCUACCUCACAGAAUGUCCUUCGCUUCCGAACGACCUUCCGCCGAUCGUACCAGCAGGCCGCAUACAACCCGGUGUCACACGGCGACCUGCGCCAGCGGCUGAUCUAUGGUGCCGGAAUCUUCGGCGCAACGCUUCUGGGCAUCAACUUCAUCUUCAACCGCGAGACUCGCGAGGAUGGCGGCAUGCCGGACUUCGAACGGCGAUAUCUCAAUGAUACCUUCAUGCACACUGGUCUCGGCAUCGGUAUCAUUGGUAUGGCUGCACGCGCGCUGCACAUGAAUGGAUGGAGCUUCCGCCUCAUGAGUGCAAACCCGUGGCUUGUCCUCGGGGUCGGACUUGUUGGCAGCAUCGGUACCAUGUAUGGAACUAUGGCUACACGACCGGAGAACUACGUGCAGAAAUAUGCCCUCUGGACCGCCUUCAACGUCACUCAGGCCAUGCUCCUUUCGCCGCUAUUCUUUAUGCACCCGGCCAUCCUCGCGCGCGCAGGUCUCUAUACCGCCGGAAUGAUGGGCUCUAUUGCCUUCGUCGGUGCGACCGCCAAGCAGGAGAAGUACCUCUACCUCGGUGGACCUCUCCUCGCCGGCGUUGCUAUCGUCGCGCUGUCUGGCCUCGCACCCCUCGUCGUCCCCGCCACUGCGGCUCGAACGCUCAUGUGGACCGAGAACAUUUGGCUAUAUGGUGGACUGGCUGUCUUCGGUGGCUUCACGCUGUACGACGUGCAGAAGGUGCUUCACCACGCGCGCAUGGCUGAGCGCGGCAUGAUCCCCAAGGAUGCCGUCAACGAGUCCAUCUCACUUGAGUUGGACUUCCUCAACAUCUUCAUCCGGAUGGUGCAGAUUCUAGCUAUGAGUCAGAACCGAAGGAAAUAAACUCGGAUGCGGGUGGGGGUUGGAUAUAGAGGUACGAGACGCGUGAUAUGGGGGAUUAUUGAGAAUUCUUAACGGCGUUUGAAGCACUUGUGGCAGCUGCGACUUGCCCUAGGCUCAUGACCAUGGUAUAUCCCUAGGUCAUCAUUUUUGACGUGUACGAUACUCUCCUCUCUUGAAUCAAUCAAGAUUGAAUGUCAAUUCGAAUUGCACAAGCAGCACUUUGCCUUCUUGCUCAUCUCUUCUUCCGCUGGGUUUCCUCGCCAUCAUUUUAGCUAUCUGCUCUGAGCUUC